CCGACAUGGUAUGAUUCUUAGGUGGGAUGUGAAGCUCUUCGGAAAUAUUUCCACGUCAAAAGCGAAAGAUCUUGGAAAACUCCAAGGUCGAUCAACAUUAAAAUGUGGUCUAGAUUAGUGCGCCGGAGGGCGCUCUUUUCGUUAAGAAACCAGUAUACAUCUACAGCUAGGAAUCAAAUCCAAAGGCGGACGUUAGUCUCAGCACCUAAACCUGGCGAUGGCCCUCUGAUGGAGAGACGUCCAGACCGGGAACUCCCAAAUAUCCAAACCUUCAACUGGGCGCGCACCCUCCCCGCUUUCGUUCUCAUCAUCGCCGCCUCCAGCGUCGCCAUCUUCAACUACCAAAAACUAUCCAGCCCCGUCGUAGCCUCGACCCUAUACGCGCUGCGCACGAACCAGAAGGCGCGCGAUUACCUAGGCGAUGAGAUCUACUUCAAGCACCAGAUCCCGUGGAUAUCGGGAGAGAUGAACCAGCUGCGGGGCCGCAUCGACGUCAGUUUCCCCGUGAAGGGCACCCGCGCCACCGCCAUCAUGCGCUUCACGAGCGCGCGACCCUCGGCCCGCGGGCUCUUCGAGACGACUGAGUGGAGCCUCAUGACGCCCGAUGGUACGAAGAUCGAUUUGUUGGAUGGGGAUGAUCCGUUCAGGGCCAUUGCGGCGUUCCCGAUGGAUGAGGAUGAGCGCGAGGAGACGACGAGGGGGUUUAGACAGCAGCUUAAGUGAAUGUGAUGGAUCUUUGUGGUUAUUGAGAUUUACUUUCGCUGGCUGGGUUCGUAUCCCUCACUUGAAUUCCGUAGAGGUGGAGGAGGGAUAUCUUACACAGAUGCUAAAAGCAUGAGCACGUCCUAGUGGACCUAGGUAGUUAGCUAGAUAUGGGCGAAUUGCUGGGAACUCGACUCAAUUCUGAUAUCUGGCUUUGAUAUCAUGACAUAACAUGUACUAUCUUCAGAGUCCAGACCUGAAGUUAAGAAAAGGAAAGACGGGACACUUGACGCGGAGCAGAUAAUCUGCCACGGGCUUCAGUAUUCGUCGAGAGGAUACUUGUUGUGUACAACACU